UUUAACUUCAUUGUUCUCGUCAGAGGUAAAACAAAAAAACAUGCACAAGUUCUCCUUUGUUCCCUAUUGUGUGGUGGCACUGGUGGUGGUGGUGCUGUUUUCGGGUGGGACUCGAACGGCGGAGGCAGUGACAUGUGAUGUCUCGGAGCUCAGCCCGUGCAUGGCGGCGAUCACGUCGCCAAAGCCUCCAUCGACGACUUGUUGCAGCAAGCUGAAGGAGCAGAAGCCAUGCUUUUGCCAGUACCUUAAGAACCCAACCAUUAAACAGUUCGUUGACACUCCAAGGGCUAAAAAGAUUGCCAGCACUUGUGGUGUUGAAUAUCCUCAGUGUUAGAAACUUAUAGCUUUGCUUUAAGCAUAAUUAGUGUGUUAUUAUUAGUGGGUUUAAGCGGGAAGAAACCAAUAAUGGACUUUUUUAAUUAGGGUUUACGUGUGCUCUGAUGAACUAUGAUUCAUCUAUGUGUUUGAAGUUGGUCUUGAAAUGUAUUAUUACACGCAAAUAAAUAUGUAUUAAUCGAACUAAAAUAAUUAUCA